AUGCUCCCACCCUCAGUCUGCUUCUUACGUCAAUCAAGAGCAGUCAGAGAAACAUGUUUCAAAAGACAUCUAUUUCUUAUAACAGCCAUACUGUCUUGUGUUACAUUCCUACUGAUGUUUGCUCUCUCUGGUGUAGGAAGUUUAAAAAUUAAUAUCCAGCAAUCCUUAGAAAUUUUCUUUUCAUUAAAGAGAGUGGAGCAAGCCUCUGAGUAUGCUGUCUCUGAAGCUUUCUCCCUUCAAAAGUCAAGGUAUCCACAGGGGCUUUGUGGUGCUGUGACGAGUUUGGAAACCGUGGAACAGCUGCAAGAACACGAUGAGGGCUGUGAGGAAGCCCAAGAGCUGCUCAGUAACUGGAUGAACUCCAAACUGCAACUGGAGCUGAUGAGCGAUGGAGAAGAGGAAGUUGACUCUGUCCUCCAGGAAAAGCCUUCUGCAGCCCAUCUGAAGUAUGAGCAGUUUGAUGACUUGUGCAGCUAUUUGGAACAUGAAUUGGAAAGUUCUUCUGUCCAAGAAUACCUACAGCAUCUUUUGCAGAGUGAAGUUGUGAACUGUGGGAUAGUGGAAGACCUUAGACUUGAAGACAUCAAGGAAAAACAAAAACUCACAGAUCCACGAAUAAUCAUGGAGGCCAGACACAAGCAGGUGAAAGAAAACAGAAUGAGGCGUCAGAAGGUGUUGGAGCUUCAGAGACAAGAAAAGGCCCUGAAGAAAUCAGUUCUGUCUGAGGCCAAGCUUCAAGCACAGGAGGAGAACAGAAGGAAGGCCCUGAAGGCAAAGGAAGAGGAGAUCCAGAGGGAAAUAGUGAAGCUGCGAAAGGAAAUGGCUGAGAAGAGGCACACCAUGGCAGAAGCAUGGAGAAUGGAGGGGAAGAGACAAGAAAAAAGUCGGGAGCUGUCAAUGCAGAAGGUAGCUAUUACUGCAUCACCACCCCUGGUCCUGAAGGAAGAAGAGCAAGGAGAGGAGAAACAGAGAAAGGCUCAGGAGCUGCUGCGCAGGAUUCAUGCCCAUAAGCAGAGAUGCAUGCAACAACAUUUCUCUGCUUGGCUGAAAGUCAUUCUGGAGCACAGAAUUAAAAUGGGAAAAGCCAGAGCCCUUGCCGACUGGAAAUGCCAACUGAAGGCCCUGCGAGCCUGGAGAAACUAUACUUGGGCCCAGAAAGUAGAACGGGAGACACAGCAAUGGGAAGUUCAUCUCCAAGAUCAAAACAGGAAAGAACAACUGUCUGCGGCGCAUAAUCGGCGACGGCUUUUGCGCUGCUGCUUUCUAGCAUGGCAGCGCUGGAGCCAAGCAGUGAUAGAAAAGCGGGAGCUGCAGAUCAAGAGGGAUGAGACAAAGAGAAAGAUGGCACAGGUGCUGGAGGCAGUGUCACUGGGGAAGGGUGGCCUGGAUAGGCCACUGGAGGUUAACAAGCCUGGGACAGCAGAAGUAAACCAUCAUCAAGAUUUGCGGCGAGACAAGCCAACUGACACUUGCCUCAUAAGGAAGGAACCUGACCAGACCAGAGACCACUCUUGCUGGGGUGCUCCUCACACAUCUCAUUCCUACCGAAAACCCAAACUUGCCUGGGAGAUUACCCUGAAACAUGCAGCCCCAAGUGCCCAGGACCAGGCUGUGUACAGGAAUCAAAUAGCCACUCUCCCCCAUCAGGAUCAGGCACCUGGUCCAAAGACAGCUCCUGCUUAUGGUAGCCGUUUUGAGCACCGUCAUGCCUUCCAGCAACGUCUGAUUGAGGAACAGAGGCAGCAGCUUCAGAAACAGCAAGAGCUAAUCCUUGAACUGCAGGAAAAUCAGAGGCUGAGCAGAGCUAAAGAAGCGGCAACACAAGCCACAGCUGUAACCCAGACGCUUAACAACUCUGCUUCACAAACCAGAGAGGAAAAACAGAAGAGGGAAAAACAGUCCAGAUGCAAGAAUACAACCUAUUUGAGUCCACCUGUUUCUCAUCAGCCAGAAAACACAAGGGCAGUGAUGCAAGGCAGGAGACCCUCCAGCCAGCUGACCUCAGCUCAUCCCAUACUGAAAGCUAUGGAGGAGAGAGCAACUCAGCGGGCAGAACGGAGGAGGAAACUAGAAGAAGCCAAACAACAAAGAGAAGAGGAAAAAUUGGCCCAGCUGAAGGCUGAAGAGGAAGCACGACAGAGGAAGGAGGCCGAGGAAAAGGAAGCUCAGCAGGAGAAACGACGGGAGGAGAGAAGGCAGCAGAAGCUGAAAGAGCUGGAGAAGCAAAGGAGGCUGGAGAAAGAGCAGCAGCUCCAGAAAAAGGCCAGAGAUCACUAUGAGAAGGUCCUGCUGAGAAAGCUGGGAAUGGUGCCAUGGAAAAGGCUGAAGGAGCAAGCCAAGGAAAACCUGGUGGUGGCACAAAGGCACCACUGCUUGGGCCUGCAGAAGAAAUGCCUGAUGGCUUGGCUCCAGCACACCCAGGGGAGCCUCGCAGAGAAGGUGUCUCGGGCAGAGGACUUCCAUUCCCAUACGUUGCUGAGAUGGGGUUUCAGAAACUGGCUAAAGUACAAGGAUUAUCUCUCCACUCUGGAGGAGAGAGCGAGUACCGUCCAUGCAACCUGCCUCAUGAGGAAGUACUUCUGGGCGUGGUUCGAUGUGAUCAUGGAGGAAAAGAGUACCUUAUGGGAGAAGCUGAAGAUUGCUACCGAACACAGUAACAAGAGACUCAUGCUGACCACAUUCAAGGCGUGGAAGCAGUACCCGUUACUGAUGAAAAAGGAAAGAGAGAGAGAGGAAAGGAGAAACCAGCUACGCAGGAGAGUAGCUGAAAUUCUCCCCGACUUCCAAACAUGACAGAAGAGAGUCAAAGGAGACUGGGAAAGGGGACAAAAAGCCUGAUUCUGUUCCAUGCUAUCUUCCUACUGAGUGAAACAAAUCCAAGGGGAAGUCCUGUCCAGUGGAAAGGGUCUUAGAGCCAAAGGAAGCUCCCUGGGGCCACUGCUGUCAUAAACUAAGCAUAUAUGGAAACUUCCCUGACGGUCUCGCUUUGCUGGUGGCAGUGAGGCCUAGGUAACCAAAGCUAGCACAGGGUGUGUUUCAGGCCAAGACCACUUCUACAUGCAGAGCUGCAGCACCCACACGAAUCCUCCUCCACCACAGGAAGCACAGAACAGAACUGCACCUAUUUUUCCUUAAGCAGUAACAUAUUGCUUUUGUUGCCAGUGCUCUGUAGGGUGACACAGCUCGAUCAGAGAGCACACAGACCUGACUGUCAGCUGCCCCCUAACCACUACUGCGAACUUGGCCACCGGGAGAAUGUUUUCUGGCUAACUGUGCCAGGAAAGUUUGGAUUGGAGGAGGAGAGGGAAGAGCCAUUUAUGCAAAUCAUAUUUGCUAAUGGUCCAGAUCAUAGCAUCACAUAUGGACAGUCUAAAACCUGGAUUCUUUUUCAAGGGACUGACUAGUUCGCAGCACUGGCCAGCUCACAAGCACAGUGCUUUGACUGUGGUGGCAAGCAGUGAUUCCAAG